AUGCUAGCUCGGGGCAACCUUAAGAAAAUAUUCUACGCUUGGAUCGUCAUUUUCAUCAUGUCAUCAUCGGAUGCUUUUGCGACCGAUGGAAAGAAAGAAAUACCACAGCUUCCACCUCCAGAUCCAGAAUCAGAAAAAAACCUCCCAACCAUUCGACUGGGUGAAACUAUCUCGUUUGAACAAUUUGGACCCAUCAUCUUGAAUAAGGACGGCUCUACUCGAAGGAUUAACAAUUGGGAUAUUCUAAGUGAUCAUGAGAAGGAGGUCACUUGGCGAAGAAUUUCAAAACGAAAUGAAGAACGAAGGCAGGCUCUUUUGAAGCAACAAGAAGAGAGCAAUAAUGAUGGAGACCAAGAGACUAAGGAAUUGUAG